AUGAGUUCACUAGCUUUACAUGUUCUUACGCUUACUCUUGGCUUGUUUUUUAUUCUGGUUGGCCAAUUUAAAGUUACGCCAAAACUUUUUCCUGACAUACAUCAAGAUAUGAAACAUGAAUUUGGACGUGUUAAUAAAGUAUUUCCAUUUUAUAAAAUGACUGGUUGGCGUCCGUUUGCUAAAAAUUACCGAAUGACUGUGGGUAUCACUGAAAUUGUUUGUGGAAUUAUUUUAAUUCUUUUACCAGGACGACUUAAACAAUUGGCGAAUGUCGUACUUCUGGCAAUAAUGCUAGGUGCUGUUUAUACGCAUUAUGCUCUGGGCGACAAGCUCGAUCGUAUAGCACCUGGUAUUAUCUUUGGUUUACUUUUAUUUACUCGUCUUAUUAUACAUCAACAAGGAAAACGUUCAAGCUUAAAUGUUAAAAAUGAACCAAUGGUGGUCGAAGCAAAAGAUCAGACUAAAAGCAAUCGACAAGAAUCUGUUGAUCUAAAACCAAAGGAUAAAAAGAAAUCAAAUGACAAGAAGAAAAACUAA